CCCCCCCAAAAAAAACAAAUAUAUUUCACCUCACAAUAUUUUUGUGUGCCUAUAUAUGCCCAGAAUUCAGUGCCAAACUCAUCCCAAAACUCCUUCAAAGAAGCGUUUUUGCGUAACGAAGACAUGGAGGUCUUCUAUGUCUCUCUCCUAUGCCUCUUUAUCCUCCUUGUUUCUCUCUCACUCCACUUCACCUUCUACAAGAAACCCACCUCCGGCAAAACCCUCCCGCCGGGCAAGACCGGAUGGCCGGUGAUCGGGGAAAGCCUUGAGUUCAUGUCCACAGGCUGGAAAGGCCAUCCGGAGAAGUUCUUUUUCGACAGGAUGGCCAAAUAUUCCUCACAUGUUUUUAAAACUUCCCUUUUCUUGGAGCCAGCAGCGGUGUUCUGUGGUGCCGCCGGCAACAAGUUUUUGUUCUCCAAUGAAAACAAGUUGGUGCAGGUGUGGUUUCCAAGCUCAGUGAACAAAGUUUUUCCUUCUUCCACACAAACUUCUUCCAGAGAGGAGGCCACCAAGAUGAGAAAAAUGCUCCCCAACUUCCUCAAAGCAGAAGCUCUGCAGAGAUACAUAGGUAUGAUGGACCAGAUUGCUCAAAAACACUUCGCUGCCGGUUGGGAAAACAAAGAUGAAGUAAAUGUUUUCUCUCUGUCCAAGAACUACACCUUCUGGCUUGCCUGUAGGGUGUUUGUGAGCAUAGAAGAUCCUCACCAAGUCGACAAAUUUGCAGACCCUUUUAGCCUUUUGGCCUCCGGAAUCCUCACAGUUCCGAUAGACUUUCCGGGAACGCCGUUUAACCGGGCGAUCAAGGCUUCUAACUUCAUCAGAAAGGAGCUUCAGGCCAUUAUCAAGCAGAGGAGGAGUGAUUUGGCUGAGGGAAAAGCAUCGCCUACACAAGAUAUUCUCUCACAUAUGUUGUUGACCAGUGACGAGAAUGGGAAGUUCAUGAAUGAAUUGGAUAUUGCUGAUAAAAUUUUGGGUCUUUUGAUUGGUGGCCAUGACACUGCUAGCUCUGCAUGCACUUUUAUUGUCAAGUAUCUUGCUGAGCUGCCUCAGAUCUAUGAUGGAGUCUACAAGGAGCAAGUGGAAAUUGCAAAAUCAAAAGCUCCAGGUGAAUUGUUGAACUGGGAUGAUAUACAAAAGAUGAAAUAUUCAUGGAACGUUGCUUGCGAAGUGAUGAGACUCGCACCACCUCUGCAAGGAGCUUUCAGAGAAGCCAUUACUGAUUUCAUGUAUAACGGUUUUUCGAUUCCAAAGGGUUGGAAGUUAUAUUGGAGCGCCAAUUCAAGUCAUAAAAAUCCUGAAAUUUUUCCCGAGCCUUACAAAUUUGAUCCUUCAAGAUUUGAGGGCAGUGGACCUGCUCCUUACACAUUUGUGCCUUUUGGCGGAGGACCAAGGAUGUGCCCUGGAAAAGAGUACGCCCGGCUAGAAAUACUUGUUUUCAUGCACCAUCUUGUGACGAAGUUCAAGUGGGAGAAAGUGAUUCCCGAUGAGAAGAUUGUUGUCAACCCCAUGCCCUAUCCUGAGAAAGGGCUUCCGGUUCGCCUCCAUCCUCACAAAGCUUAAUUAGACUCAAUAAAUCAGUCAUCCUUCAAUUUUCCCACAAGAAAUUUAGUUAAACAUAAGUGGAACAAUGUUUUUCCUUGUACUAUCUGUUUUUCCUUGCACUAGUUAUAUUCUGAGAUUUCUUUUGUUUACUGCACUUUCUCGUUGUUUUAAAAACUUAUGUAUGGCAGAGAAAAGAAUAACAAUGU